CGUGACAAUCCCGGAUGUCAACAAACGAUAUCAACAAUAGGGGAGUGUCAACACUUCGUUGUUACAGAUUUUCCAAUGGAUUAACCGAUAUUUGAUAAUUAAUUAAUGUUAGUCACUCGUGUACCUUCUGAAACUAUGAGUGCGUUCUGUUGAUUCUACGCUAGUUUAGCUUGUGACGAAACUUUUAAAAUGAGGUCCGAUUCUCCUCUCUCCAGCGUCAACGUAGUGCUUGUUAUGGCCUACGGAAGUCUGGUGUUUGUGCUGCUGUUCAUCUUUGUGAAGAGGCAGAUCAUGCGCUUCGCCAUGAAGUCUCGUAGAGGUCCACAUGUACCCCUGGGCCACAACGCUCCAAAGGAGCUGAGACAGGAGAUAGACUCUCGUCUGUCCAAGGUUCAGGAGAUCCGGUUUGAGCCACGCCUGCUGUCUGAACAUGACGACCGACUACAGAAUGGCGGUUGCUAUGACUACCUGUACAGAAUGAGGGCACUAGAUGCCAUAAGAGACUCUGAUAUUCCGUUCAGUGAGUUGGGAGGGACUCCCACAGCUGUGACAGGGAGGAGAUUCCGGGCCUGGCUCCUAGAUCUGAGGAAUUCCCAUUCCCUGUUCCGCAGCAGCCACAGUUCCCUCAUAGACACACUGCUGGAGGGCUACCACAACGCUCGCCACGGCACCGGGGUGUUUGGAGAAGCAGAGUUUGUCAAAUACAAGGAAGCCCUGAACGAACUGGCCUCUGUUUAUUCCUCUCUCCCCAGUGUGAAGAGCCACUCCAGCUCUAUCAGUCUGGACCAGCAUCACCAGUUAGCAGCUAAAGACCUGACCAGUACCCCAGAGCCUCCCCCCUCCUCUCCCCCCUCCCAGGUCACAUACCUGCCGUCAGCUGGGCAACGCACCAAACGACCAAAACACUUCCUGGAACUCAAGAACUUUAAAGACAAAUACAACACCUUGGAGAGCACAUUCUGAGAAAUACAAUCUUCUAUGGCACAACAUGAGAAACUACAACUCCCUACAGCCCCGAGAACUACAACUCCCUAGAAAAAACCUGGAGAACUACAACAACUUCUCUGCUACCACUUUAAAUCUGUUUUGUUGCGAGUACUGGACUCACUUUUCCUUCUCUAUUGCCAAAGUAGAUAGGUAGUGAUAAGUAGAGAUACUGGAGGUGACAGAUCUAUCAUGCAUCGCACAGAAUAUAUAGUGCACUAUAUUUAAGCUUAUUUCAUAUUAAACAUCGUUGUGAACUGUUGCACAGACUUUGCAGGUAGAUAAUCAUGUAGGGUUGCAGGUUGGGCUAUGCAAAAAGAGAAGAGACCAGACAAGCUACAUGCAGUUUCUAUGCAGAAUGCAUUAAUGCAGGGUUUCCCAAACUCGGUUCUGGGGACCCGAAGGGGGGCACGUUUUGGUUUUAGCCCUAGCACUACACAGCUGACUCAAAUAAUCAACUAAUCAUCAAGCUUUGAUUAUUUGAAUCAGCUGUGUAGUGCUAGGGCAAAAACAAAAACGUGCACCCCCUGGGGUAGACUUGUAGACUUGUUUAUAGUGUGUUCAGUGCUAACUACACUAUUGAUGGACUAAUGUUACAGCAGACCAGCGGUCCUCACUAUGGCCCUGGAGAGCUACAGUACAGGGUGUGCAGACUUUUGUUCCCAGCUAGCACUAACACACCUCCAAUCAAGAUGAUUAGUAGAAUCCGGUUAGUCACUGUUGAGCUGGAACAAUACAGCCUGUUAUGCAGGACCAGGAGAGAAGAUCUCUGGACUAUUCCAGUAUUACUGUCCAGUAUUAUUGUCCUGUUGCCAGCAAUUGUUUAGGGCAGAGCCAUGUAUUUACAUAUAUAUAUAUAUGGCUCUGGUUUAGGGCUAGUGUUACAAGGAAAUGAACAUGUUACACAGUCUGACUGUUGUCCAUUUGCUGCAGAGAAAUUAUGACACUUUUUAGAGUGUACGAUGAAUGAUGAUGUUUGUUUUUUAACGAUUUUUUAGUUUUCCAUUUUUAAAGAUAACAUGAAUGCUUUAUAUAAAUUAAGUGCCCUUUUUCCUGAAUUGAUUAUUUUAAUACAGUUAAAUUAUUACAUGUAUGUAUAGAUGAAUACUUAAAACGUAAUAUAUUCUUAAUGAGGUGUGAGUUGGCUAUAUAGGCUGGGUGCCAGUCAGUUUCUGCUUUACCCAAUCCCUACUCUCUCUUACAGCAGAAACAGGCUGGUAUGGUACCCAAGCACAUAUGAAUUGUGAUUGGCGUUAUCUAAAGCACCUACAGAUGUGGGACCAGGCUAGAGAUUUAUGGAUUGAGUAAUAUUGAUGUAUGAUUGUAGCACAAUGUUCCUCCAAUCAAAUGUGAACAGCUUUAGAAGUGUGUUCUAAUGUAAUCAUGUGUUUCUAAUGAGUUGUGGGUUAUGUGUGUAUGAUUGAUGUAUGAUUGGGACCAGAGGAGGCUGGUGAGGAUAGGACGGCUCAUAAUAAUGGAUGGAAUGGAAUGGUAACAAACACAUGGAAAAUCAGGUGUUUGUGUUAAACACCAUUCAAUUUAUUCCGUUCCAGCCAUUGCUACAGCCUUAUAAUAAUGCUGAAUAGGUUGCUUUAUGUUUUAAUGGACUCCCCUGAUCUAUCCUCUGUGCAUUGUAAUACAUGCUGCCAUUCCAUUAAAGUGGUACCACUGGACCAGA